AAACCAUUUGACUGAUUGGGAGAACAAUUCAAUUGAAGCUAGCGUUGCGAUUUUCAUUCGCUUUGUUUUCGUUAAAGUCAUAAACUUGUCAGCUUUUGAUGAAAACAGCUUUUGUAUGCAUUUAUGGGCCGUUACGUCCUUUGUCACAUAAACAAAGUUGUUUAUACUGUUUGCAACGUAAGAAGUGGACGAUGCAACUUGCUCCGAGGAGAAGCUAUGACAAAUACAUUCCACCACCUCCUGGUUUUCAAAAACUUAAAGAUUAUUACCCCAGACAAAACUAUCCCGGAACUUUAGCUCCAGGGAUAACUCCUGAUAUUUUAACCGUGGAAGAAUUGUUAGAGAGUCCCUCGGAAAAUCUUGCUUGUGUAGAGUACGAUAUGGAUGAACGUGCUCCUUUUAUUCGGGCACAUGACGAUUGUAUAUUGGACUGGUUGGCGGAAGAUGGUCGAUUGAUCGAAGAAGAUUGGGAUAUGGACGAUAAGAGUUCGUUUGUCGAAACUGUGGAUACGAUAGGAGAUGCUACAAUCGUGGAUGAUGAAAAAGUAUUGGCAGAGUAUUUAGGAGAAGCAGACCCAUCUGAAGACGAGUAUUAUUUAGAAGAACUUGAAACGUGAUUUCUGCUUUAUUAGAUUGGUGCCAAGCAGAUAUGUCUAGUUGUUUUGUAUGAUAGGAUAUUUGCAAAUUGUUUCGAUCAUAAAGAUUGCUACUUAUCAAGUGAUAGAGCUGCUUUAAGAACUCGAGUUGCCAUUCACAAUUUU